AUGAAGAAAACAUCAAUCAAGAGUAAUAGUUCGGAUGUACACACCACCCAUAAGUCCUCUUCUACAUGGGGACAAGUAGUUGAUCACAAGUCUUCUUCAUGUCAUCAUCCGUCUAAUCCAGGAGUCUUCAAGAAUAAAUUUGCAACCUCAAAUAAGUCUAAGUCAGAUACACAAGUGCAUAUAUCAUUUCCUGCACCUAAGUUUACUAAUUCUAGACAUCUUCAACGUCCAUCUACACCAGGUUCUUCAUUUCCAUUUCCCCAUCCACCUUCAACUGCACCUCAAAGAAGUAGUGAACAUGCUCCCCCUCCACCUCCACUUGCACCCCAAGCAAGUACUGAACAAGAUCCCCCUCCAUCUGCACCUACACCUCAACCAAGAACCUUGAAAGUGAGGAUAUCUUCAACUAGUACAUCAUAUGUAUAUUCUGAAAGUAAAGAGGAAGAAAGUGAGGAGUCUGAGUUGCAAGAAGAUCAACAUAGGCUUGUAGCACGAAAAAGAGCAUGGUUUGUUGAUGUUAUUGAUGAUCAAGGAAAGAUAAAUACAAAACAGCUACGAGCCAAUGAUGUAUGGAAUUUACCUACAAAUGAAAGGAUUGUUGUGCAAUGGAAUAAUGAGGGUCAACCAAUUGGAGAUAGUGGAGCAUUAUUGAAUAGGUUUUUAGGUAGUGUUUCAAGAAACUCCAAUGCUUUUCCUAUUAGUUAUUCUAGUUGGAGGAAGAUUCCUAAAGAUUAUAAAGAAGAUAUACUUAAAAACGCUAUUCAGGUUAAGUUUGAUGUCCAUUCUGAUGUUCAUGUAAACUAUGUUCUCAAAUCACUUAACACAAAGUGGAGAGACCAUCGACAAGAAUUGUGGCAACAAAGGAAUGAUGGUACACGUACUAGAGAUGAAUUGAUCACAAUGGCUCCAAAAGGAAUAGAUAGAGACCAAUGGGCUUCUUUUAUUGACUAUCGUCUAAAUUCAAAAACAAAGGAAAAAGAGUGUGGCCAAAAGGUUAGUAGAGGAGAGGUAUGGAUAGCCACCCACAAGCAUGCUAAUGGAACAUUUGUUAGUGAUGAAGCAAGGGAAAUUGGUGAAAAAAUUCAAUCAUAUGAAUCAAAAUUAUCAACAUCCCAAUCAAAAGAUGUAUCUAGCACCGAUUCCUUAGCUUUUGCUUUCGGAAGUCAAGAACAUUGUGGACGUGUUAGGGGUUUAGGUUUGGGACCUUGUCCAUCUAAAGUGUUUGGCUUCAAUGCACAUUCAUAUAGUGGGGCGUCUUCGAGUUGUCCUUCUUAUACACAGUUACAAAAUCAGGUUUCUUCAUUAACAUCGCAAGUCAAUGAAAUGAAGGCAAUGAUGACUUUUUUUGUACAAAACUAUCAAGGAGAAUUGCCUCAUGAUUUUCCUGUGUUUCAUUCAUCAUCGGUAUCUGAUCAGGGUAGUGUUCCCAAUGGAGAAAGAAAUGACUCAGAUCAAGAUUGA